AUGGGAAAACGGAGACGAACCGAUACGAACAAUCCACUUCCUUCUCACAUUUCCAAGUUCUGGAACCAAAGGUACACGUUGUUCAGCAAAUUUGAUGACGGAAUUCAACUGAAUGAAGAGUUAUGGUACUCUGUAACCCCAGAAGAGAUGGCUAUGUACUUGGCUAAAUUUUUCAGACAUAUUUUUCCCGAUGCAAGAACUAUACUGGACAUAUGUUCUGGAGGUGGCGGAAACACAAUACAAUUUGCAAGAUACUUUCCUAACUCAAAGAUAUUUGGCAUAGACAAUACACAGGCGAACAUCGACUGCGCCGUAGUUAACUCUGCAGUGUACAAUGUUGAAAGUCGCAUAACUUAUCUCUUGAGAGAUUGGGAAAACUACCAUUUAUUCAUUAAUGAAUUGAAAGAACUGAUAGGUCCAGUUGACGUUGCAUUUUGUUCUCCUCCGUGGGGAGGACCAUCGUAUUUGAGUCAGGAAGUUUACGACUCGGAAAAUAUAAAACCUUUAGGUUUGGAACGAUUAUUGGAGUCAAUGUUUCAAUUGACCGAAAAUGUUGUAUUAUUUCUUCCCCGAAACACAGAUAAAACACAGCUAAGUGACGUGACUAGAAAAUUAAAGGGACCUUCUGCCAAAUGUAGAGUGGUGGAAGCCUAUGUAAAUAAGAGACCAAAAGGUAUUUUGUGUUUUUGGGGUGAGAAAUUCACAAAUUACCAGCCCAACAAGGAUCUGACAGAUGAAGAAGACUAG